GCGGCGCCUCCGACUUUCCUGGGGAAGGUCAUUCCCCGACCGGUCGCGUGCCCUUCCCGCGCCUCCCGCGCCCAGCUUGCGCCGCCACCCUCGCCCCCCGCCCACUUCGUCGCAGGCGGAGGCGGGCGGCUGUGGGGAAUUCGGGCGUGCUCUCUGGCCGGCUCUGCCAAGUCCUUUUUGCCCGAGCUUGGAAAGAAGAAGGGCGGCGGGACACGGAGGAAGGUGAGAGAGAGGGAAGGGGCGCCCAGCACGAGCGGCUCAGCGCCUGCCUCUCUCCGGAGGCUGGAAGUAGGAGGUGGCGGCAGCUGCUACCAGAGGACACUUUAGUAGGACUGGAGAGACAAGCCGAGUGACGGAGCGGAGAAACAGCCGAGGGACGGAAGAUGGCUUCCCCCACCUCCCCUGGCACUCCUGGAGGCGGGACAUCGCCCCAAGGCAGCCAGACACGCCUUCGGCAGUCGGACAGCAAUGCAAGCUUCCUUCGAGCUGCCAGAGCUGGCAAUCUGGACAAAGUAGUGGAAUAUCUAAAAGGAGGAAUAGAUAUCAAUACAUGCAAUCAGAAUGGACUCAAUGCCUUACACCUGGCUGCCAAAGAAGGCCAUGUGGGUUUGGUUCAGGAAUUGCUGGAAAGAGGAUCUGCAGUUGAUUCUGCAACUAAGAAGGGAAAUACUGCACUACAUAUUGCUUCCUUGGCGGGACAGGCUGAAGUGGUCAAAGUUCUAGUUAAAGAAGGAGCUAAUAUUAAUGCACAGUCUCAGAAUGGCUUCACACCUCUGUACAUGGCAGCGCAGGAGAACCAUAUUGAAGUAGUAAAAUAUCUUCUGGAAAAUGGAGCCAAUCAGAGCACUGCUACUGAGGAUGGCUUCACUCCACUAGCAGUUGCAUUGCAGCAGGGACACAAUCAGGCAGUGGCUAUCCUUCUGGAGAAUGACACAAAGGGGAAAGUGCGGCUGCCGGCAUUGCAUAUUGCUGCCAGAAAAGAUGACACCAAAUCAGCAGCACUUCUCCUCCAGAAUGAUCAUAAUGCUGAUGUUCAGUCUAAGAUGAUGGUGAAUAGAACAACUGAGAGUGGCUUCACACCUUUGCACAUAGCAGCACACUAUGGAAACGUUAAUGUAGCGACACUUCUACUCAACCGAGGAGCUGUUGUAGACUUCACAGCAAGGAAUGGAAUCACCCCACUGCAUGUGGCUUCCAAAAGGGGAAACACUAACAUGGUGAAGCUCUUGUUGGAUCGUGGAGGGCAGAUCGAUGCCAAAACCAGGGAUGGACUGACUCCACUGCACUGUGCUGCACGAAGUGGACAUGACCAAGUUGUAGAGCUUCUCCUGGAACGAGGUGCCCCACUGCUUGCCAGGACCAAGAAUGGACUGUCUCCACUUCAUAUGGCUGCCCAGGGCGACCAUGUGGAGUGUGUCAAACACCUAUUGCAGCACAAAGCUCCUGUUGAUGAUGUUACACUGGAUUACCUGACUGCCCUCCAUGUUGCUGCACACUGUGGCCACUAUCGUGUCACUAAGCUUCUGCUGGAUAAGAGAGCAAAUCCAAAUGCCCGUGCUUUGAAUGGUUUUACUCCACUGCACAUUGCUUGCAAGAAAAAUCGCAUUAAAGUAAUGGAACUGCUGGUGAAAUAUGGGGCUUCAAUCCAAGCUAUAACAGAGUCGGGCCUGACACCAAUUCAUGUGGCUGCAUUUAUGGGGCAUUUGAACAUAGUUCUCCUUCUACUGCAAAAUGGUGCUUCUCCAGAUGUCACUAACAUUCGUGGUGAGACUGCAUUACACAUGGCAGCUCGUGCAGGACAAGUGGAAGUGGUACGCUGCCUCCUGAGGAACGGUGCUUUGGUUGAUGCACGAGCUAGGGAAGAACAGACACCGCUGCAUAUUGCCUCUCGCUUGGGUAAAACAGAAAUUGUGCAGUUACUGUUGCAACACAUGGCACACCCAGAUGCUGCAACAACUAAUGGGUAUACACCACUACACAUCUCUGCCCGAGAAGGACAAGUUGAUGUAGCAUCAGUUCUAUUGGAGGCAGGUGCAGCACACUCCUUGGCUACCAAGAAGGGAUUCACACCACUGCAUGUGGCAGCAAAGUAUGGAAGCCUAGAUGUGGCAAAACUCCUGUUGCAGCGUCGUGCAUCUGCUGAUUCAGCUGGGAAGAAUGGUCUCACUCCCCUCCAUGUUGCUGCUCAUUAUGACAAUCAGAAAGUGGCACUACUGUUACUGGAGAAAGGUUCUUCUCCUCAUGCUACUGCCAAGAAUGGGUAUACUCCUCUACACAUUGCUGCUAAGAAGAAUCAGAUGCAGAUAGCCACAACCCUGCUGAAUUAUGGAGCAGAGACCAAUAUUUUGACCAAACAAGGAGUGACUCCACUUCACUUGGCCUCUCAGGAAGGUCAUGCUGACAUGGUGAACUUACUUCUGGAGAAGGGAGCCAAUAUUCAUGUGGCCACAAAGAGUGGAUUGACAUCUUUACAUUUAGCAGCUCAAGAAGAUAAAGUAAAUGUAGCAGAUAUGCUGAUAAAGCAUGGAGCAAACAAAGAUGCCCAGACUAAGCUGGGUUACACUCCACUAAUUGUGGCUUGUCACUAUGGAAACAUCAAGAUGGUGAACUUCCUUCUGAAGCAAGGAGCUAAUGUCAAUGCUAAGACAAAGAAUGGAUACACUCCUCUGCACCAAGCUGCUCAGCAAGGUCAUACUCACAUCAUCAAUGUUCUUCUUCAACAUGGGGCCAAACCAAAUGCAAUCACUGCGAAUGGCAACACUGCCUUAGCAAUUGCUAAGCGUCUGGGAUACAUCUCAGUGGUAGAUACAUUGAAGGUUGUAACAGAGGAAGUGAUUACCACUACAACUACUGUCACUGAGAAGCACAAACUCAAUGUACCUGAGACGAUGACUGAAAUUUUGGAUGUUUCAGAUGAGGAAGGUGAUGACACAAUGACAGGAGAUGGGGGAGAAUAUCUUAGACCUGAAGAUCUGAAGGAACUAGGUGAUGAUUCCUUACCUAGCAGCCAGUUCUUAGAUGGCAUGAACUACCUGAGGUACAGCAUGGAAGGAGGCCACUCUGACAGCCUGCGAUCCUUCAGUUCAGACAGGUCCCGUACACUGAGCCAUACCUCGUACUUGAGAGACAGCACUAUGAUUGAUGACACCAUCAUUAUUCCAAGCCACCAGGUAACUGCAUUAGCUAAAGAAGGUGAGAGAAAUUCAUACCGCUUAAGUUGGAGUCCUGAUAACCUGGACAAUAUCACUCUUUCUGCUAGCCCUAUUCAUUCUGGCUGCCUGUCUUCCAAAAAGGAGAUUGGAUCAUUGCUAACAAGUUUUCUGGUCAGUUUUAUGGUUGAUGCUCGAGGUGGUGCUAUGCGGGGUUGCAGACACAAUGGGCUUCGAAUCAUUAUUCCACCCCGGAAAUGCACUGCUCCAACUCGAGUUACCUGCCGGUUGGUCAAACGCCAUAGACUUGCCACAAUGCCUCCAAUGGUGGAAGGAGAUGGUCUGGCUAGUCGCCUUAUUGAAGUUGGGCCUUCUGGUGCUCAAUUUCUUGGUAAACUUCACCUGCCUACGGCUCCUCCCCCACUUAAUGAGGGAGAAAGUUUGGUCAGCCGAAUCCUACAGCUGGGGCCUCCAGGGACCAAAUUUCUUGGGCCUGUGAUUGUUGAAAUCCCUCACUUUGCGGCUUUGCGUGGUAAAGAGAGAGAGCUGGUGAUUUUGCGCAGUGAGAAUGGGGACAACUGGAAAGAGCAUUUCUGUGAAUUUACGGAAGAUGAGCUAAAUGAAAUACUAAAUGGAAUGGAUGAAGUGCUUGACACUGCAGAAGAGCUGGAGAAGAAACGUAUUUGCCGUAUUAUCACCCGGGACUUCCCACAGUACUUUGCAGUGGUGUCCCGGAUCAAACAAGACAGUAACCUCAUUGGACCUGAGGGUGGUGUAUUAAGCAGUACUGUAGUUCCACAAGUACAAGCGGUCUUCCCAGAGGGAGCAUUAACCAAGAGAAUUCGUGUUGGUCUUCAGGCCCAACCUAUGCACAAUGAACUUAUAAAGAAAAUUUUAGGCAAUAAAGCCACAUUCAGUCCUAUUGUCACCCUGGAACCUAGGCGAAGAAAAUUCCAUAAGCCAAUAACUAUGACCAUUCCUGUUCCCAAAGCUUCCAGUGAUGUGAUGAUUAAUGGUUAUGGAGGUGAGACUCCUACUCUAAGACUACUGUGCAGCAUAACAGGUGGAACAACGCCUGCUCAGUGGGAAGACAUAACAGGAACAACACCAUUAACAUUUGUAAAUGAAUGUGUUUCCUUCACCACAAAUGUAUCUGCCAGAUUUUGGUUGAUAGAUUGUCGACAGGUACAAGAAUCUGUAGCAUUUGCUUCCCAAGUAUAUAGAGAAAUUAUAUGUGUACCAUACAUGGCCAAAUUUGUAGUGUUUGCCAAAUCUCAUGAUCCCAUAGAAGCCCGACUAAGAUGUUUCUGCAUGACUGAUGAUAAGGUGGAUAAAACACUAGAACAACAAGAAAACUUUGCGGAAGUAGCUCGAAGCAGGGAUGUAGAGGUAUUAGAAGGAAAACCCAUAUAUGUGGACUGCUUUGGGAAUUUAGUACCAUUAACAAAGAGUGGCCAGCAUCACAUAUUCAGUUUUUAUGCCUUCAAAGAAAAUAGACUUCCAUUGUUUGUCAAGGUUCGGGAUACAACCCAAGAACCUUGUGGACGCCUGUCUUUCAUGAAGGAACCCAAAUCUUCAAGAGGUCUGGUACAUCAAGCUAUCUGCAAUCUGAAUAUCACAUUACCAGUAUACACAAAGGAAUCAGAAUCAGAUCAAGAACAGGAAGAAGAGACUGACAUGACAUCAGAAAAACAUGAUGACGAAACAGAAUCUACAGAAACAUCUAUCCUGAAAAGCCAUCUUGUCAAUGAUGUUCCUGUCCUAGCAAGUCCAGAUUUGCUAUCUGAAGUCUCUGAGAUGAAACAAGAUUUGAUAAAAAUGACUGCAAUUUUGACAACAGAUUCUUCUGAAAAAACAGGUUCUAUUAAGGUGAAAGAUCUUGCAAAAGCUGCUGAUGAAGAGCCUGGAGAACCAUUUGAAAUUGUGGAAAGAGUAAAAGAGGACUUAGAAAAAGUAAAUGAAAUUCUAAGAAGUGGGAGCUGCCCCAAAGAAAAGCCAGUUUUACAGAGAUCUGCUUCUGGAAAAAUGUUGGUGGAAGAAGACUGGGUUAUUGUAAGUGAUGAAGAAAUUGAAGAAGCCAAGCAAAAUGCUCCUUUGGAAGUCAGUGAGCCUAUCUGUGUAGAAACUAGAAUAGGUAAAGGAAAACCAGAGAAAGAAACAAAAGAUAUGACAGGAAUGAUUGAUUAUCUCAGCGAGGAUCUAAAAGUUUAUGUUUCUUUGAAUGAAAUGCAACCGCAGACAUUUCAAGAAGACAUAGUAGAAGAAAGAUUUGAAGCUGUCGUUAUAAGCAGAGGUUCUGAAGCAGAUGGAAAAGACCAAAAGAAGCAAGGUCAGUGCAAACCUACCUUGGAAAUUAAAAAACCUGUUAGAAAGAAAUUAAAAGAUAAAGAAAAGCCAAAGGUUGAAGGAACCCAAGGAAAGGAUGAACAUUUAGGGCUGAACAGGUUCAGUUCAGAGGAAUCUUUAGAUGAAGAACAACUAUUACCUACUGCAGAGCCUGUGAAGGAUACAGCUGUGUCUCCAGUUAUAGAAGAAACCCCUAUUGGGUCAAUCAAAGAUAAAGUGAAAGCUCUUCAGAAGCGAGUAGAAGAUGAACAGAAAGGGCGUUCAAAGUUGCCAGUUCGAGUCCAAGGAAAAGAAGGAUCUGAGAAGCCUGUUACAAAGCCAACACAAACUAAAAAGAUUAUUUAUAAAACAAAACCCCCAAGUUCUCCCUCUGCCACAAAGACUCCGGCUUCUCCUUCAUCCACAAAGAUUCCAGCUUCUCCAAAGACUUCUGCUGCUGCUUCCUCUUCUUCAAAACUCUCAUCUCCUUCUACUAAGAAGUCAGCUGUUUCUCCUACCACAAAAAAGCCAGCUGUUUCUCCCACAUCAAGGAAGCCACCAGUUUCUCCCACAGUUAAAAAGCCACCAGUUUCUCCCACGGCUAAAAAGCCGCCUGUUUCUCCCACAGCUAAGAAGCCAUCUCUGUCACCAUCUUCCAAAACAGAAAGACUUGAAGAGACUAUGUCUGUUCGUGAACUAAUGAAAGCUUUCCAGUCAGGUCAAGACCCAUCAAAGCAUAAAGCUGGACUUUUUGAGCAUAAAUCUAUAAAGCAGAAACAACAGGAUUCUGACAAAGAGACAACUAAAAAAGGAGCCACUCAAGCAGAAAGUGAAAAGAAGCCAGCAUUAACAUCUAGAGACACACACAAAAAAGACAGUCCUAAAAGCAAAAAGAACCAGGAGCCUCCGACAGAGGUAGGUUUGCAAUCUAAAAAAGUCACACAGAGUAUACCUCAUAUAACCUUGAAGAAAGAUUUAAUCACAAAACCAGUGAGUGACACCAAAAAAGAAUCUCCUGGUGCUGUUGAAGAAAAAUCCAAGGAUGUAGUCCUGACAUUUGAUAACCAAGGGGACACUGAGCUUCAGAUCAGUCCAGACAGAAAGACAUCAACUGAUUUUUCUGAUGUCAUAAAAGAAGAGCUGGAGGACAAUGAUAAAUACCAACAGUUCCGGCACAUUUCAAUCACAGAGAAAGGUGAGCUUCACUUAGAUCAAGUUUUGACCAGUCCAUUCAAUGUUACAUUUCCAUCAGAAUAUGUGAAAGAUGGGUUUUUGCCCACACUCUCCUUGCAAAGUGGUGCUUUGGAUGGCAGCUCAGAAAGUUUUAAACAUGAAGGCAUAGCAGACUCUCCAGUUGGUAGCCUGCUUGAUGGAACUCCCCAGAACAGCUCUGAAGAAAGUUAUAAGCAUGAGGGCUUGGCAGAAACUCCAGAAACAAGCCCUGAGAGCCUUUCAUUCUCAUCAAAGAAAACAGAAACUGCUGACCAGAUGGAAGAAAAUGCAUUAGCCAGUGCAGUGCAGAGAACAGCAGAAAUUCAUUCACCAAAGGGGCUUUCUCCAACAGAAAAUAAAAUGACUAUUUGUGACAAAGACCUAAAAGAUAUCACAGAAACCACAGAGUCAGAUUCCCAUCAUUUUUCAGAAGAGCAAUCCAAAGGCCUAGAUUCUAGUUCAACUCUGAUUGAUAACAAUGCUGUCCCUGAUAAAUCAUCAGUGCUGGCAGAUCAAAGACAUUUAACUAAGUUAGCUGAACAACAUGAUUCUUCUAUUGAAAAAGAUGAGGAUGCAUCCUUUGAGCAAUAUACCAUUAGCAAAGGACUAGAGCUUUCAUUUCCUAGCCAUGAAGGUGAAGGUCUUAGCCCAGCUGCAGAUGAAUCCAUAGCUAUAAGUCAUAAAGAUUCAUUGGAAGCAAGCCCAGUGCUGGAAGAUAAUUCUUCACGUAAAACACCUGAUUCCCUUGAGCCUAGUCCAACCAAAGAAUCCCCCUGCCGUGAUUCUCUGGAAAGCAGCCCUGUAGAACAGAAAGCAAAGACUGGCUUCCUUCCAGUUCCUGGUCCAAUUCAGGCUACCCCUGCUAAAGCUGAAAACUUCCCAGAACUAACACCUGUACGAUCUAGACUCUUACGUGAUCCUGAUGGAAGUGCUGAAGAUGACAGUUUAGAACAAACAUCUCUUUUGGAGAGCUCAGGGAAAAGUCCUCUUUCACCUGAGACUCCUAGCUCUGAAGAAAUUAGUUAUGAAAUCACACCAAAAAUAACAGAUUCACAGGUGCUUGCAAACAUACCCAAGUCUGCAGUAAUUCCUGAAGUUAAUGAAGAGCCAGAAGAUGAUUCAGAAGGUGAGCCAAAGAAAAGGUUCACUCCAGAAGAGGAGAUGUUUAAAAUGGUGGCCAAAAUUAAGAUGUUUGAUGAGCUAGAACAGGAAGCAAAACAGAAGAGGGACUAUAGAAAGGAUUCCAAACAAGAUGAUACUAUUUCAGCUUCUGAUUUGGAAGGUGCUUCUGAAACCGAAAUGAUACCUUCAACAACUCUAGAAGAUAAUGCUCUGUCUACAGUAGUGGCUUCUGGAGUUGUAUCUAGAAAAAGCUCUUCCUCCUCAGAAAGUGAGCCAGAAUUAACAAAGCUGAAAAAAGAAGCUGAUUCCGGGCUGUUAAUGGAACCUAUAAUGAGACUGCAGCCUUCUUCAUCUCAUCUUUGCAAUAUGGAUUCCAGUUCCAGUCCUGAAGAGACGGGAUUUCAGCCUAUUGAGUCUAAGCAGCAAGCAUUCAGUACUGAGGAGGAUAACACAGAAUCGGAUAAACCAACUGAGGAAACCAAAAUGUCAUGUGAUACUUCACUUGCCUCUGAUGCCAGCAUCAUAGCACAGGCUAGCGAAUCUAAGUGCUACAGCACAGAUGAGAGUGACACAGUUAGCCCUAAUGGCCCUAUGAUGCCACCUGAGGAAUCUUUCUACCAUUCUGUUGAUGAUGAUGCUCAAAAAAUAACUGAGUUAUAUGAAACUUCAGUGACAUCACACCACCAGGAUGAUUCUUUAAAAGAUAGUGUAGCAUCUGAAAGGGUGCUGCCAAAAGGCCUAGUUACUAUGGGAACUUCAGAGGGUUCCUGUAUACCUGGGACUUCUCAUUGCUGUGUUUCACAGAAUAAUGUAUUGGCUACUAAUGUUUCACCUGAUCACUCCGCUUUGGGAAGUGAUAUGGCUGGAACUGACCACAGGUUUGAGAUAUCAGACAGGGUUUUUUCUAGCACAGAGCACUCCACAGGAUGUUCAUCUGUAACAACCGAAAAGGGUAAAUAUGAAAGUGAUACAGAAGAAGUUGGCAGUGCUCUGCCUAUAACAAGCCCUUAUGAAAAUGUCCCUUCACAGCAUUUUUUUACUAAUGAUGAAAUUAGUACAGAAAUUGAUUUAAAGACAAGAAUAGACCAGUCACUUCAGGAAGAUUAUUCUGAUAAAGAAAAAACUAAAUUUGCUGAAGAUAAAAGAAUGAGUUCUCUUUACAGAACAGUAUCAGAAGGUUCUGAAGUUCAGGUCUCAGAAGGUGUCUAUAUGGAGAUAGAAUCCAAGGAAAUUGACAGUUUUCAGAAAAGACCAGCUUCAUUACCUUCAGCAUCAGACUCCACAUCACUAGAUGAAGCUGCUCUACAAGAUAUCAGGGAUGAAGCUGAAAAAAUAAUUAGCCAAGUAAUUAUAACCAGGACAGAUGUAGAUUCUGACAAGUGGAGUCAAAUUCGUGAAGAUGAUGAUGCUUUUGAGGCUAGAGUGAAGGAGGAAGAACAAAAAAUAUUUGGCUUAAUGGUAGACAGGAGAUCACAAGGCACCACACCUGAUACAACACCAGCCAGAACUCCUACUGAAGAUGGAACUCCUUCCGGUGAACCAAAUCCCUUUCUUUUCCAGGAAGGAAAAUUGUUUGAAAUGACAAGGAGUGGUGCCAUUGAUAUGACUAAAAGGAAUUAUUCUGAUGAAAACUUAGACUUUUUCCAGAUGGGAGAGCAAUCUCAGGAAGAAGUAUCAUUAUCUGAAGAAAUGAGAGAAGCUGAAGGCCUAGAAUGCCCCCCCGAGGAACAAUCUUCGAUUUCAGUUGCAUCUUCUGAAUUUAAUAAAGGAGAAAUAGCCAUGAAAAGUACACAUAUAUCUGCAUCAGAGGAUGAGACCACUGCUUUAUAUAGCACAAAAGAAGAUAUUAAAUCUAGAAUUCCUAUUAAAAUGGGUAUUUCAGCCUCUUCAAAGUCACCAAAGAAAGAAACAACAGCUUCUGAUCAUGACCUCACCUCUAGUGAUGUGUUUGAUAGCUUCCAGGUGCCCUGUCCUCUCUCUCCUGAGCAGACAGUGAUUGAUGUACACUUAAAUUUUUCAACAGUCACUAGGUCUGUUUAUGCUGAAAAACAAGAUGAUUCCCCAGAUUCCUCACCAGAGGAGCAAAAAUCUGUGAUUGAAAUCCCCACUGCUGCCAUGGAGAGUGUGCCUUCUACUGAAAGCAAAUCCAAAAUCCCCAUUAGGAGUGCUCCAGCUACAUUCCCAUCAUUACAUAAGUCAGAACCUGAGAGCCUUCCUUCAGUUGGUUUUAUAGACAGCCUGGAAGAACCACAGGAUGACCCCUCCAAACCAAAGUCUAAAAUUCCAGUUAAGGCAAUUUUUCAAAGAGGUGAGCAAGAAUCUGUGCAGACAGAAACAUCUGCCUGGAAGUCAGAGUCAUCUAAAACCCCCGAUAUAACCUGCAAAGUACCUAUAAAACAAGACAUUAGGAGCAAAUCUGAAUCUGAUGCCAGUGCCUCCAUAGACUCAAAAGCUAAGCAUUCAGUCAAAGCUAGAAGUUAUGCUGAGGCAGAAGCAGAGACCAGAGAGAGAGUGGGUGAGAUGAAGCUUGAGCUAGAAUCAGAUGAGUUGAUGACUUCCCGACCAAAGAUAUUUUCUUCACGAUUACCUGUUAAGAGCAGAAGUACCUCAGCUUCCCGAAAUGCUGUUAGUCCCUCAAAAGAAAGUAAGGAACAUUUUUUUGACCUUUACAAAAACUCUAUAGAAUUCUUUGAAGAGAUUAGCGAUGAAGCUUCCAAAUUAGUGGAUAGACUUACACAGUCAGAGAAAGAGCAAGAAUUAGUUUCAGAUGAUGAAAGUAGUAGUGCCCUAGAAGUUUCGGUUAUUGAAAAUGUGCCAUCCAUUGAGACCCAGCAGUCACUUGCCGAGGACAUCUUUGACACCAGGCCCAUUUGGGAUGAGUCUAUUGAGACUCUGAUUGAGCGUAUUCCUGAUGAAAAUGUCCCUGACCAUGUUGAAGAACAACAAGAUGAUCAGGAAAGAAUAGAAGAAAGGCUAGCACAUAUUGCUGAUCAUCUUGGAUUCAGCUGGACAGAGCUAGCAAGAGAAUUGGAUUUCACUGAAGAACAAAUUCAUCAAAUUCGAAUUGAGAAUCCUAAUUCCCUUCAGGAUCAGAGUCAUGCACUACUGAAAUAUUGGCUGGAAAGAGAUGGAAAACAUGCUACUGAUUUAGGUCUUACAGCGUGUCUUAAAAAAAUUAAUCGAAUGGAUAUUGUUCACCUAAUGGAAAGUAGCAUGGAAAUCUCCCGAGAUCAUGGUCGCACCUAUGCAGAAAUUGAACAGACAAUGGUACUGGAUCACAGUGAAGGGUUCUCUGCACUUCAUGAAGAUCUAUGCAGCACAAGAGAUAAAAAGGAGGAAGAAUAUUCCUUUUCUAAAGACAGUGAGCAAUCUGAUCAUCCUCCCCUUGUUUCAGAAGAAGACCUUUCUGUUAGCUACUCACCCUUGCAUGAAGGCACAUCUAAGGCUGAGGCAGAAGUGUCUGUGGUAGAACUACUGCACCAAACACAGAAAGAUCAUGUGAAAGCUGAAUUCUCAGGGAAGCCUCAUGAGCUGACAGAAGAUUCACCUACUGCGCAGGAGGUCACAACUUCUGGAACAGAUUUGACACAAGUGCCCCAAAAUGUCAAAACAGCCGGCAUUGCCAGUGACAAACUGGGGGAUUCUACAGCAAGAUGUGAGGACCUUGAAAGGCCUUCCUCUCAUACUCCAACGUUUCAUGAUCGAACUGAUUCCCCCAUUGUGGAAGAACCUGAAGACCAUUGCUUCCACCAAGAAGAUGCGCAUCCAAGGAAAAAUAGCCUGGUGAUUGUUGAAUCCACCGAUGAACAGUCUGAAAAAUUAGAAAGAUAUGAAGAAGAAUUGUUAGAAAAAGAGCUAGCAGAGGAAUUAGGUGAGCUGGAGGUCAGCUCAGAUGAGGAAGAGAUGGUAACUACCAGGGUCGUUCGCCGCCGGGUGAUUAUUCAGGCUGAUGAUGUGCCUGAAAUGCCACCAGAAGCGGUAACGGAGGAACAGUACACGGAUGAACAUGGCCAUAUUGUGGUGAAGAAGGUCACUAGGAAAAUCAUCAGGCGAUUCGUUUUACCAGAUGGAACAGAAAAAGAAGAAGUUGUGAUGCAGGGAGAACCUCAAGAACCUGUUACACUGGAAGAGGGAGACAGUUAUUCCAAAGUUCUAAAGCGGCUGGUGUUGAAGAGUGACAGUGAACAAUCAGAGAUGACCUUUUCUGAGCCAAGUGUUUUAUCAAGUGCCUCAGAAUUCCAGGCUGAACCAGUAGAAGGCCGCAAGGUCAGCAAAGUUAUAAAAACUACUGUAGUGCAUGGGGAGAGAAUGGAAAAACAUCACGGAGAUUCUAGUUUAGCAAUGGAUCUUCCAUCAGCCAAAGAUGACUUCGAAGAGGCCCUGAGUUACAUAGGUAACAAAAUGAAAAUUGAAGUCCCCCCAUUAGUAGAGAAAGAGGUCAUGAAAGAGGAUGGUUCGCUUAUUAAAAGGACAACAAUGAGUAAAGCUAGUACACAGAAGAGGACUGUGGUUAAGGACCAGUAUGGAAACCGGAUUCAUGUGGAGCUGCUGGAGGACACACCAGAAGCACUACCCCAGGAUGACCUUCAGCAUGACCUUCAGCAAUUAUUAAGGCAUUUCUGCAAAGAUGAGCUGAAGAAAGAGGCCAAAUGAGAUGCUGCUAAAUCCCAUCCACAGACCACCACACAUAACCAUUAACUAUCCAGCUUUAUUCAACUUUCUUUUAUCAUAGGUGUUAUUAUUUAACAUAAUCAUCAGGGAACACUGCUGUUUCUACUUUGAGCAUAUAGGGUAGGGUUUUUGUUUCAUUUCCUUUGUUUCUAAAUAUCUGUAAGCUAAUUUGUGACCAAAGAUCACAUCCUUCAUUCUGGAUGAAGAAUUUAUCUACUAACAGUCAUAGACUUUGUGCUCUACUGACAGUCUGUCACACUUGUCAUUUUUAUUUUUCUUUGCUUUUGCAUCAGAUCCAUAAACACAUAAGUUUCUUCCACAGGCCUCUUCAAAUGACAGUGUACAUGUGUUUUUUAAAGGAGGUUAUUAACUUUAAACUGUAAAUAGAUAAAGUGUGUGGAUUCACAAGACGGAAAGAAGCACUGCCUAUUGUGACUACAUUUAGCAUCAGGACUACAAGGUUUGUUGAAGAACAAUUCAUGUAAUACUGCUAACACAAUCCAUUAAGACUAGGACAUGGAUCUACCAAGAGCGAAACAAGUCAGUCCUCCUGUGUUCCUAGGACUUCCAGUGUAAUGAAUUACUUGACUAAAAAGUUUCUGAAAGUCAGGACAAAUUCCAGAUGUUUCCCUUGCAAGACAGUUGAUUGCAGCCAUUACUGUUUCUUUGCUUCCUGGGAAAGCCACCUCAAGAUUUCCUGAAGGAAAAUAUACCCAGUUAGAUACAGCGUGCUAGCAGCUUUAUCUGUGGCACUUUUGCAUACUGUAUUCAAAUCUUUUAGAUCAGGGACAUGAAACUGGGUGCACUCAACCAUUCUGGUGACUGUACUGUUUUGAUCACUCCUUUAGCAAACCACGCUGUCUUAGAAGUGGUUGUUUCUUCUGGCCACUGCACUAUAGACAUUUUGAAGGAGGAAAAGAAACCCAUACCCUUCAGAAAACCCUUCGGAAAAAAAUUGAUUUAUCACAUUCUGUCAAGAUUGUCUCUUAAUCUGGGACAUGCAUGUGGCACUGGGGUAUAAAAACAUGACCUUUCUGUAAUCAUGCCAAUUACUUCUCAUCCUUCCUAGCACUGAGCGAGCAGGCGUUAACAUCCUAUUUGAGGUUUUUCUCUGAAGUUUUACUUAGGAGGAGACAGGAAUCCACCAAGCAUUUUUUUUUUUCUUGCUAUUUUAUUUAUAGUCCUUAACCACCUUUCAAGCAUUAUCAUGUAAAUGUCUGCACUUUGAUUUUCCAAGAAGGGCAUAUAUGACACUGGAAUUAUUCUGUGGUCUGUACCUAAUUCUAAUAGUGGUCUGAAGCUCUGUAGCAUUUUAACAUAUAUAUGUA